AUGUCAGAAAGUGAAUCUCCGGGAGAAGUAAAUCAGGUUCUAAACACCUCUACCCCGGGUACUAGCCGUACUCAUGUGGCUAUACCAACUUCUUUCUCAACUCCGGGGAGCACUCCCGAGUUUCUCACUUUCAACACCCCAACUCCGUCCAGAUCCGGAGUCCCUUCCCCCAAUGUUGGCGUCUCUGACACACCAACACGUGUUGAGCUUACCCCUGAAGGGGUUGCCAACAAUUUCCUUGAGUUGAGGUCUUUCCUCAACCAAUAUGUUAAUAGGGAAAGGGACAAGGGAGUGAGGAUUCGUCUAGACUAUGAUGAGCCAGAACCAACGCUAUCUCCGGGACCUCCCGUCCCUCCUUUUAUAUCUAGGGAUGAGGCUGGUCCCAGUCAUCCUCCAAAUCCUAACCCGUAUCUGUCCGCAAGGCCGAAUCCUACAGCAUACCCUCUCUUCUCGUCCCAACCAGUUGCAAGCGGUGCUCCAUUGGGCCAUGAGCUGACCCUUGACCAGCUCCUACAGUCCCCGGUGACGAGUAUUCCGCCCUCAACAACAACUUCAUGGGAACAAGCCUUGUCGGUACUCCCCUUGGCACAAAGUGCCGUUAUGAGCACCCCCUUGUGA